AUGACCAGACACGGACACGGCCUUCACCACAAGCCUCCUCGGCGCGGGUUUGUCCCCACACUCCCAGACGACCCGAGCACUCUGCCUCGCCUGCCCCGCGAUGUGUGGGUCGUAGUGUGCCGAUAUCUCGGCGACGACGUGCGCCCACGACUCGCGGACCAUGAAGAGCAUGGACAUGGGCGUGGGCACAAGGUUUUGGAAAAGGAGUCCAGGACAGCUCUCGCGCGCCUCAUGCGCACCAGCAGCGAGGUGUACCAUGUGGCAGGACCAGAACUGUACCGCCGCCUCGACCUGUGUUCGGCGUCGUUCCAUAAGGUGAUACGGGGAUAUGACGACCCUCCCGCCUUUGACGCUGCAGACCAGUGGGCACUGGGGAGCCAGACCCAAACAUACACCAUGUCGUCUUCGAACAGUAAACUCGAGCUGCUAAAGUACGUGCGCCACCUGAACAUUGUCGACUUGCCGCCUGCCACGGCCGUCCAGCACCUGCUCAACCUCGGUGACGAGGGCCGCCUCUUCCCCAACCUGGACGUCAUCACGUUCCGGCCACAGAUGUACAUCGACUAUGCAGACCUACACGCCAACGUCCCGGACCCCGUGGACGAGCACCCGCUGCUCACCCUCCUAGGGCGCGAGACACCGCGACACGCGUGUAUGGCCUUCCCCACCGAGGCCGGGGUGGACCGGUACGUCGGCCCCAAGCACAUUGCGGGGUGUACACACGACCACAAGCGGUGUAACCUCGACUGCCACCGUAAGCGGUACCAGCGCUACCUCGUACUGGGCCUCGCGUCCGCGUGGCUGGCGCGGCUGUGCCACAGCUGGCGCCCGUCGCUGGCCAGCCUGACACUGCAUGACUGGCACAUGUCGGCGGCGCCCACGUUCCCCGCUGCACAGCUGCGCAUCUUCAUGCCCGAGGUGGAGACCAUGCGGAUCACAUGGAUCCUGAGCCUCGCCUCGCUCCUCCUCCUGGACGCGUACCCGGCCACCGAGCUGCCGCAGCGCCUGGAACUGGCCAACCUCGGCGUCAACCUCGAAGACUGCGGGUGCACGCACACGCUCCUGCAGACGAUGGACAACAGCCGCACGGCGCUGCAGACGUAUUUCGCCACACGCACGGCGAUAGCCCUCACCACGCCGUCGGCGUGGGACGUGACGGUCUGUGUGUGCUGUGGCGGCGUUCCUGCUCUCACCGAGGAACCGCGCGACAGAGACUCGAGGGUGUAUGUAGACGACCAUCACCCGGCAUGGCGGUCGGCGUGUCUCGCCACGCAGUCGCUCGACCUCGUGCCCUUUGACUUGCUCAAGUUGGCCGAGGACCCGCAGUGGAGGAUGAAGUGUAGCAAGGUGGAGCUGAGCGAUGGGUAUGACCGUCCUCCGUCGAGCAGCUAG